AUGGGCAAGGACAACCGAGGCGACUUCACUUUUGCAAAGUUCUCUGAUCUUAAAUUUCCUGUCACUUCCCUUUCUCAGAAGUUAGAGGGACCAAUAUUACACCCGUCUGUUUCAGAGCUACUUGGGAACCCAGAACUGAGGAUUCACGGUGCACAAUCU